AUGAAGAUUUUCUUUCAGUUUUUUUGCUUCUUUGCUGCCUUCUCCCUUCUUUCUUGUUUAGGAACUUAUAGUAUAGGUGAUGGAUCAUGUCAACUGGUUAAUAAUAAUGUUGCAAAGACCGUUUAUGUUGAUUGGAGAGGGGGUGGAGACUUCAAAUCCAUUCAAGCCGCUAUCAAUACUGUUCCUGCUGGUAACACACAAUGGAUUCGUAUUCAUGUGACGUCUGGGACUGAAAAGGUGAAUAUCAAUUAUACCCAAAAUUGCAUUGUUUUGGAAGGAAAAGGAAGGACCCGAACGAUAAUUUCUUGGAAGGAUAGUCUUGAUACUCUAAGUGAUGAUUUCAGUAAUGACGGAGGCACGGCAGGAACUGCUACUUUCACUUCUGGAGCCGAUGACUUUGUAGCGAGAAAAAUAGCCUUUGUGAAUGCUUAUGAUAUAAAGAAAGGGAUGAAGCGUGCAGUUGCAGCACUAUUGUACGGUGAUAGAUAUGCAUUUUAUGAAUGCGGGUUUUCAAGCGGGCAAGACACAUUGGCCGACUUUCGAGGGAGGCAUUACUUCAGUCAGUGUUACAUUGAAGGUGCAAUAGAUUUCAUCUUUGGAGGUGCUCAGUCCCUGUAUGAGAAUUGUAUACUGCAAGUAAAUGCGAGACCAAAUCAAGUAAUUAAUGGUGCAAUAACUGCUAAUGGAAGAGAAUCAGAUGGAGACCCUAGCGGUUACGUCUUCAAAUACUGUGAAGUGUUUGGCACAGGUCGAGUUUAUUUAGGCAGAGCUUGGCGUGCAUUUUCCAGGGUCAUAUAUUCCCAUUGCAAUAUGACAGAUGUUGUUGCCGAUGUAGGAUGGAAUUCUUGGAAAAACAGUGAAAGGAAUAUUUUCUAUGGAGAGUAUAACAACGUUGGAGCAGGUGCUGACAUGUCAAAGCGAGUGCCUUGGGUGGUUCAUCUCAGCGGAGUACAGGAUGCUCAGUUUACAGGCAUAAAAUUCAUCGAUACGGAUGGAUGGAUAGGUAGACAACCCUACUGAUGUCUUGCUUUGUUGUUUGAUUUGCA